UGAAUCGUUUGAUACUCCAACACAAAACCACAAGAUAUUACUGGCGAUCCUCCGCUCCUCUGCGCAUGGUGACUCGUCGCGGUGCAAGGAAGAAACGACCGUCACCUUCUGCUAAUCUAGACCGCUCCCCUUACUUUGCAAACGGAUCGUCAGAGACAUUAAUUGCAGAACAUCAUGAUAUCGAUGGCCUACACGACGAGAAAACAAACGGCAGCGCCAAUGGUUCCUUCGUGGCCCCGCCGGGUGACUGGAUUCUAACAAAGACCAUCCCGGCGCACCUGAUAGGGAAUCCAUACUUUGACAAAAUCCCCGACGACGUCGAGGGUCGGAAGGUAUCGACGAACAUAGUCUUGCUUCGUCGGGAAAACACCCCCGUAGAUUUCUCCCUAUCCCAGGCGAUUUGCAGCUACGGGUAUUUCUGCUUGGCACCCAAUCGCUGGGUGCCCGGGAGGCCUUCCAAAGGGGACGGGAGCAGCGGUGGCGACGACGACGAGGGAUACCUGGUGCGUCCUCUGACAUACGCGAGACCAAUCCGGGACAAAACCGAAACAAACCAACCGACCACCACCCACACGGUGCUCGUGGCAAUCGGGCAGGACACGACGUCGUCCUCGUCCUCGUCAACCUCGUCCACAAAGCGUUCCGUGGUGGUCGCCCUGCAAUCGCACGUAGCACCGAUCUACCAUCGCCAGCUGGUGUCCCAGAUCGACCGCAUGCUCCGCCUGGACACCUGCCUGGAGGAAUUCCACGGCCUGCACCCCGAGGCCAAAGCCCGCGGAUUCGGCAGGCUCUACCGGUCCCCCACCCUCUUCGAGGACAUGGUCAAGACCAUCACCAACUGCAACAUGAAGUGGGGCGGAACGGUCGACAUGAACGCCAAGCUGUGCAAGCACGUCGGGAAUGGAGGGGCCUUUCCGACUCCCCGGGAAAUAAACGCGGUCGGGGCCGAUUUUUUGAAGGAGCACUGCAGGGUCGGAUACCGGGGCAAGUACAUCUGGAACCUGGCCAGGGACAUUGUGGAGGGUAACUUCGAUCCGCACCGGGACCUGGAACUGCCAUCAAAACCGUCGCCGGAAUCACCGCACCGCCGCAGUUCCCGAGAAGAAGUUCAAAAGCGACUGCUCCGGAUCCAGGGCAUCGGACCGUUUGCGGCAAACAACAUCCUCCAGCUUAUGGGCUACUUCGACACGCACCCGUACGAUACCGAGACCGUGCGGCUGUGGAAGGAAGAGUUCGGGGCGCCGGAGAAGGCUCCCAAGGCCCGCGUCUUUUUAGAGGCAAGAAAGCACUACUCCCGCUACGAGCCCUAUUCGUUCACAGCCUAUUGGUUUGACCUUUGGAAGAAUUACGAGCGGCGGGCAGGGGCCCAAUCUCCCAUGUGGUCGAUCGAGCAGCUGGAGGGCGAACGGCCGCAAUGGGUGGAAUCCGAUCACAACAGUGUUUUUGCAAAUCCUCCUCCAAAACCUACAACAGCAGCAGCAAACAGCACGGACCAAAGAAAAAGCUCGAAACGAAAGAGAGUCUAGCGACGCGUUGCGAUUGUUUUGAACGGAUAGGGGUAGCCAAGGGAUACAAUGGGAUGGCAUCGGCACACAACGCCUAAUGUAGCUAGCAUUUUU